AUUCGAUAUAUCGAAGGAUUUAUCGCGAAACACUUCAAUUGCUGACAGCUGUUUUGCGAAUGAAAGCAAAACAAUGAAUAUCUUGCCAAAGAAAAGAUGGCACGUGCGAACGAGGGAGAAUAUUGCACGAGUGCGACGGGACGAGAAGAAAGCGGCGGACGAGGAGAAGGAACGUCUCCGGAGGAUUGCUCUUGCGGAGCAAGAAGCUCGGAUAGACACCCUGAGACAGCAGGCAAAGGAUCGACGGCACAGUGAAGUGACUUCCAGUCGAGAAAUCCAGGAAAAGCAGCAGUCUGGAGAGCAUGUGAACUUCUUCAGUGACCUGGAGAGUGGGAAGUACCAGGCUGAGGGUCAGAAUGCUGAACACUUGAAGGAGAAGAAGGAGGAGACGGAGAAGUACGAGAAGCAAGUGGGAUAUCUGACCUACUUGGGUCAGGACACGAAUGAAGCCCUCGGGAAGCGAAGCUGGUACGAGGAAGUGCCGAAGAGACAGGAUGUCUACGCAGAGAGUGGGAAGAUUGUGGAGAAGGGUCUGAAAUCGAAGAUGUAUAACGAUCCUCUGAACGUGAUGAAGCGAUAUUUGGCUACAGGAUCGUCGUCAAAAACAUCCAGUUCCACUCCUGUGCCAAAGCCUGCCCUCCUGAAGACGUACGAGUCCGUGCUUCAUUCAUACAGGGCGGAGGCAGUGCCUAAGAAGAGAGCGAAGAAGCACAAGUCGAAAGAGAAGAAGAGGAAACGCAAGCGUUCAAGAUCUGAGUCUGAAGAUGAGGAGGAGCGACAAGCCAGGAAAGUGAAGCUUGAGAAAUUGCGCGCUGAGAGACUCGAGAGGGAAAAGGCAGAGCGCCAGCGGACGGAAGCCUUCCUGGCUAAGCUCAGAGGUGAUCCGGAGCCGAAGAAGGAGCCGGAAAAGGCAGUUCCCGUGCGGCCCAUGAAGCAGAAAUACAAUUCGCAGUUUAAUCCGGAACUGGCAAAGCAGAAUUACGACUGGAGACACCAAGAUUACAAGUAA